AUAAAAUGUGCGUGCUUAGAUUUAUUUUAAAAAUAAUAAAAAAGAAAGUACUCCAAGUCAACAGUCUCCAUCGAUUUUCUAAGUACAAAAGAAACUUAAACAUAAAUUAGUGGAAAUAGUGGUGUAAUUUUCUUAAUGGUGCGAAUUAGUAUCGAUCUAAUUUAGUUUUUGCCGCAUAACGAUGAAAAUAGAAAUUCUCUGAUGUCGAGAACUAUUCAGACUGUAACGAAAUGGUUGCCUGUAGAUGUAAAAGGGUCAGAAACUGUUUUUCAAGAUUGUAGAGAUUUGAAAAAAACUUCCAAGAAUUUGUUGUUACGAAUUUGUGUGCUUUUGGAAAAUUUGAGGAAGAAAUACAACACGAAAAUGUAUCACAAUUGUAUGCAAAACGAGCUCAAUAUUCAAGAGUUGGAAGAUAUUAAACUAACAAUGGAUGUUAUGGUUACGAACUUUAACCUCGUGUUCCAAAAACUUAAUUUUGAAAGCACCUCUACAGUGAUUACUGAACGAAUAAGGCUAUGGAAAGACUCUCUAUGGAAAACCAAACUGAAAAUUUGUUACUUCAUUCAAGAGUUAAUUAACGAAAUCGCAUACUUAUUCAUCUACUAUGGAGAGAAUUUAUUAAUUCUGACUUUACGGAUAUCCACAGCGUACAACAAUCUCUUUUCUAUCGAUAGCAAAUUCGGCAUUCCUAAAAACAUGAGCAUAUGCAACAACUCCUGCCCCUAUUUAUUUUUUCCUUUACGAAAAAUCUCGGUCGCUAGAUUGCUCCAAAUCAUCUCCAGCAACAGAGCGGAAUUGUGCUGUCACAAACUAAUCGACUGUCUCCUAGAAACUUACAAGUUAUACGAAACCACCGACGACGAUAACGGCUCAGAUAACUCAAGUUUCGAAAUUUACAGAGCUCUAACUAAACACAUGUCACCUCCAGACCCUUCAGAACUCGCCACUAAAAACAAAGUUCUAAAUUUCGAUAACGGCAGCAACAACGAAACUUUCCUAAGCAUCGAAGAACUAAUAGCAUACGAAGAAAAAAACGUCUUAGAUUUGCUAGAGAUGAUCUUAAAAGUGUCUCCCGCCAUGCUGGGAAACGACGGAAUAAAAAAAUCUAAAAGCAGUGGUGCCCCUAAAGUUAGCACGAAAGCUCGAGAGAAGGUUCUGGAUUAUUACGAACAAAUCUUGUGGGGUGAGGUCGGGAAUUUUUUAGAACACAUUAUACUCUGGUGGGCUUCCAGUCCCUUGUCGGCUCGUCCUCCACACAGUAGCCAACACUUGAGAGAGUGGAUAACUCAGUUUAUACCAACAGCUGAAGUACCAGCGAUGGUUUUGUCGGCUUUGACGAGUCUAGCUGAUGCUUUGGGGGUUCACGUAACGUUGACUUCCUGGGACCAACAUUUUCGAUUAGCGUUAGUGGCUUCUAAGUCCGUGUACAAUGCAGACACGGGGAAGUUGUUUUGUAAUGUUUUGCAAGAUCUAGUGAUGUUGUGUAACCAGUGUGAGAUUACUCCGGAUUGGAUUAUUGGGGCGCCUUUGGAGGAGUUGCCUUUAGUGGAACAAAUUCCGGUCUUGCAUAGGCUAGAUCACUCCAUACACACUACGAGACUCUGGGCUGCUAGUGAAACUAAAAAAAUUGCAAACAACUGGAACGUCGACGCUUUUUUUAUGAUCACUCAUAGUGAUAUUGUUAGUUGUUUGGGUCAGUUGAACUCGCUACGUUUCGCUGACCAUAGUGUAAAAAUUGAAAAGGGUGGUUUAGGGGUGCACGUGCAAGUUUGUACUUUAAUGAGGGCUAAGCUAGUUUCCGAAGUUAGUGAAAAUAUAAGUAAGCUGAAGGAUACUCCAAAUGAAUGUGUUAAGAAUCUGGCCAGUAUUUGCAGGACUAUUAGUUUAGCAAAUCUGCAAAUGAUAUUUCCUGAAAAUUUUUACUGGAGGAAGGUUUCGACGCAGCUUCCAGAUAAGCAGAGCUCAUAUGUUGAUAAGUAUUUAGACCGAAUUCUCACUCCGAUUUUAAUCGCCACUGAGGACCAUCUAAUCAGCAACAUGAUCCUUCAGAUUAUGUGCGAGUCCUGGCUGGACCACAUUUACAUGAACAAAAUAAAGUUUUCACAACAUGGCGCUUGUCAACUACUUUGUGACUUCGGCUACGUCGAAACUUGGUUGACGAACUGUUCAGUCAUCAGCCAAACAAUGCGAAAGAAAAUGGUAAAAAACGAAGUGUUGAGAAGGUGCGAGGGCGUGGGUCGUCUGCUCCUGCGAUGUCCUGGCGAACAAAUCAAGAUGGUGGACAAGAACAAAAAAAUCGUUGUAGAAAGCAGCAAUUCGCCCCCCGCUGAAAAAAACGAGCUCAUGCCAGCCGAGAUGUACGUACCCAAUCAGGAGCAGUGGCUGGAACUGCGAGCUAUGAAAAAACGCAACUUGUUCGCCACGUCCCUGUGUUGUGGAAAAUUCUAA